AUGUUUAAUGCUGGAGGUAGAAGAUUCUCAGUGGUUGGAAUCCCUCCAUUAGGAUGCUUGCCUCUGAUUAGGAAUGCACUACUCGCUGGGGACUGUGCGCUAUUCUUCAAUGACAUUGCCAUAUCUUUCAACAACAAAAUCAAGACUGCUCUUGCCACAUUCGCCAAAGUGUUGGGUCUUGACGUUAAAGUUGUCUAUGCCGAUAUAUAUGAAGUCAUACAAGAUGCAGUGCACAAUCCUUCGAAAUAUGGUUUCGUCGAGGCUUCAAGGGGUUGUUGUGGAACUGGACUGCAGGAAUUCGGAGCUACUUGUAGGGGACAACCGACCUGCUCCGAUCCCAUCAAAUAUGUGUUCUUUGAUGCUGUUCAUCCAACUGAAAGGAUGUAUAGUUUCAUGGCAAACACCAUAGUCACCAGGGAUCUUUACUAA